CAGAGCAGGGCAGCCGGAGCAACGAGUGACAGAGGAAGGCAGUUGCCAGCGGGUACAGGGCAGACCCGGGGUAGCAGCAGCGGGCAUAGCUCGCCUACAAACACACGGAGGUGACCCGAGUCCGGCCGCGGUGGGAGCGGGAGGGAGGGGACCCGGGAGAACAGCAGAGGAAGAAGCCAAGAAGAUCGCAGCCCGUAGCCGCCCGAUGUGAGAGCCGCUCCCCAGACACUAGCAGCCUCAGCAUGGCCACCACCGCCACUUGCACCCGCUUCACGGACGAGUACCAGUUGUACGAGGAGCUGGGCAAGGGAGCCUUUUCUGUAGUACGAAGAUGUGUUAAGAAAUCAUCUAACCAAGAAUAUGCUGCGAAGAUUAUCAACACAAAAAAGCUGUCUGCAAGAGACCACCAGAAGUUGGAGCGUGAAGCUCGGAUUUGUCGUCUUCUAAAACAUCCCAAUAUUGUUCGUCUCCAUGAAAGUAUUUCAGAGGAAGGUUUCCAUUACCUCGUUUUUGACCUGGUCACUGGUGGGGAGUUGUUUGAAGACAUCGUGGCAAGAGAAUAUUACAGUGAAGCAGAUGCCAGCCACUGUAUCCACCAGAUCCUCGAGAGCGUUAACCACAUUCAUCAGCACGAUAUUGUUCACCGGGACCUGAAGCCUGAGAACUUAUUAUUGGCCAGUAAAAGCAAGGGGGCUGCAGUGAAAUUGGCAGACUUUGGCCUGGCCAUAGAAGUCCAGGGUGACCAACAGGCUUGGUUUGGGUUUGCAGGUACACCUGGGUACCUCUCUCCAGAGGUGUUAAGAAAAGAUCCUUAUGGGAAACCAGUAGAUAUAUGGGCAUGUGGUGUGAUUCUGUAUAUAUUACUAGUGGGAUAUCCUCCUUUCUGGGAUGAAGAUCAGCAUAAACUCUAUCAACAGAUCAAAGCUGGAGCAUAUGAUUUUCCAUCACCUGAGUGGGACACGGUUACUCCUGAAGCAAAGAAUUUGAUCAAUCAAAUGCUGACCAUAAACCCAGCAAGGCGCAUCACCGCAGACCAGGCUUUGAAGCACCCAUGGGUCUGUCAACGAUCUACAGUUGCCUCCAUGAUGCACAGGCAAGAGACUGUGGAAUGUCUUCGAAAGUUCAACGCACGAAGAAAACUUAAAGGUGCGAUCCUCACAACAAUGUUGGUUUCUCGGAAUUUUUCAGCUGCCAAAAGUCUGUUGAACAAGAAGACUGAUGGCGUCAAGCCACAGACAAACAACAAAACCAGCAUAACAACAAUGGAACCUCAAACAACUGUUGUCCACAAUGCAACAGAUGGCAUAAAAGGAUCAACUGAGAGCUGUAACACCACAACUGAAGAUGAGGAUCUAAAAGUGCGCAAACAGGAGAUCAUUAAGAUAACAGAGCAACUAAUUGAAGCUAUCAAUAAUGGGGAUUUUGAAGCCUACACGAAGAUCUGUGAUCCUGGGCUGACCUCGUUUGAACCAGAGGCACUUGGUAAUCUGGUUGAAGGAAUAGAUUUUCAUAAGUUUUAUUUCGACAACUUGUUGUCCAAAAACAGCAAGCCAAUUCACACCACCAUCCUGAAUCCGCACGUGCAUGUCAUUGGCGAGGACGCGGCAUGCAUUGCCUAUAUCCGCCUCACGCAGUACAUUGAUGCCCAGGGCCGACCACGCACAACACAGUCUGAAGAGACUCGAGUCUGGUACCGCCGAGAUGGCAAAUGGCUGAAUGUCCACUACCACUGCUCUGGGGCUCCUGCUGCCCCACUCCAGUGAGGAACCAAACACAGAGCCUCAAGUGGAAGAAUCCCUUCUUAGCGAGCGAGUCUGGAUCGCCUGAACGACAGCUACAGUCAUGUUCGUUCUGAAGUUUUAAAAAAGAAAAAUGUUAAAAAUUCAAAAAAUAAAAAUAUUGAUGCCGGCAGCGGCCAAAAUUGCACAAAACCCUGCAUGCAUUCUGAGGCUGGAGCAGCUGCUGGCUAAAUGUUGUAUUUCAUGGAUCCAUCGUGUCUGUUCCUGCUGUACGGAGGUGUUUUUAAAAUUCAAAGAGGAAAAGCAUUAAAAUUAUAUAUAUAUUGUUUGUUAAAACCAGGCUGAGAAAUCAUGGUUGCUUUUUAUAGAGAAGACAAGAUUGUCAGCUACCCCAGGCAACUGUUGGGAAAGCAAAAGUGAAAUAGGAAUAUGAUGUAAAAGAAAAUGAAGAUGUUAACUUGGGAAGCUGUUGGAUUGUAAAAUGCCAGAGCAGAUACAAGGUCUAUUUUAACACGAGGACUCUCCUGUCGUCUUCAUUAAAGUGUUGACUUGCAGGUAGACAUGUUAGUACGUCAUAUAAAAUAGAGCCUCAGAAGAACGUUUUUGUUCAUAUUUUUUUUUUUAUUUUUUUUUUACUAAAAUCUUUCAGAUCUCUCUUUGUCUCACUUCUGUCCAUGGCUGACCUAGAACCUCCUACAUAGCAAGAAGCUGAAGAAGUCUUGUAAUUCAACCUUGACUCCCAAGAAAAGGAAUUGCCUUUAUUUUUUGUUAGCUGGGAUUAAUCAGGGUGAAUAGUUAUUAAUUACAAAAAACUAAACACCUAAAAUACAGCCUACAGAAGGAACAUUUCAUUAGUGACAAUGUUAAUUUCUUUGUUAUGAAUUCUUUAGAAUAUGCUGAUUGAUAAACUGCCAUGUAAUGGGAGGGGUUUCUAAUUAGUCUUGGCUUGCCAUGGUAUGUGUGUAAAUGGGAUUGGUUUAUAUUCACAGCAACUAAUGCUUUGUGUCUUUUGAAACAAAUCUGCAAACUGCUUGUAAGACAUGAAUGACAGGUCACGAGUGAACCAGUUCACUGAAAUUGGAUGCGUAGAGAUGUAUGCAUGUCUUUCUAUGCUUGCCUGCACCUCCCAAACUAGUGUAUGAACUGGUGGACCUUUAUUUUAUUGCCAGAUGGUGAAUGUUGUCUCAAAAGUACAUUCAGGUGAAAACGUUUUUAAGAGUAAUCAAUUGUUCCCAUCUGUCAUAAAGUCUUUUAUCCUCAUAAACCA